UGGAAGAGCCCUCCAUCCACUCUCAUUGUGCCUUGUUGCCGGUGGACUUCCCCUCUGACUCUCUCUCUCUCUCUCUCUCUCUCUCUCUCUCUCUCUCUCUCUGUGUGAAUCUUGUUUGAUUUCUCUGAGAUUUUGCAUGGAUGGAGGUCUCUAAUGUUCACGACCAGGUCACGGCUAGCAAUCCAUUGGAGGAGGUGCUAGUUUGCUCCAAGACACAGCAGCCACCUGAAAGGAAGCUGAGACCUCACCAAGAGCAGGCCCUUAAAUGCCCCAGGUGUGACUCCACCAACACCAAGUUCUGCUACUAUAACAACUACAGCCUCUCGCAGCCCAGGUACUUCUGCAAGGGCUGCAGGAGGUACUGGACCCAAGGUGGCUCCCUGAGGAAUGUCCCAGUUGGAGGUGGAAGCAGGAAGAACAAGAGAUCCUCCUCCUUCUCAAAGAGGAUAGCAGACCAAGAUCCUAUAGCCAACUCCAACCCAGUACUCCCAAGCCUCAUCCCUCCACCCCUUUCAUUUGACCCAAGUGGCCUCUCCUUGGCCUUUGCCAGCCUUCACAAGCAACCAACCACCAAGCAGUUAGGGCUUGAUGACUAUGACACCUUUCUUCUAGGAAACCCUAACCAUAACCCUAACACAAGCUCUAUUCCCACUGCCCCCAGUAAUGGCUUUCUUGACAUACUGAGGAGUGGGUUCGUUGACACCACCGGUCCAAAUGGCAUCCGCAAUCUCUACUAUGGUUUUGGUGGGAAUGGCAAUGGAGAAGGUGGUGUCAGUGGGGAAGAGGUGAUGCUGCCAUUUGAGGGAGGAUUUGGUGGUGCAACAACUACAACAAGCCAAGGAUCCUGCAAAGUUAUGGAUGGAGGGGAGAACAAAUUGCUGAUGGAGCUUCAAUGGCCGGUAGAAGGGGAUGGCAAAAUGGUUAUGGAGUCGGGAAGAGAUAUCUGGAAUGGAGUGGGUUCGUCUUGGCAUGGACUCAUUAACAGCUCCUUGAUGUAGAGGUGCACUGGUUGGUAGGUCGUUCUCUAUCCUUCGAGGUCCCUGGGAUUUCCAUGUUUCCGAAACUUCUAAAUUAAACAUUUCUUCACUGUAUUUUUCUUUUUUCUUUUUGCUCUAUUUUUUGUUGGAGUGGUGAUUUGAAAAUUCUAUAGAUAUAGUACAAUGAAACAUCGAAGUUUGUUCUCCAACCAAGAUGAGUAUGGAUGCCGGGGAAACUCUAUCAUAAACUCUUACUAGAUCUAAGUUAUUAUAAUGGCAUUUCAAUUCUGCUUAUGAAAUGGAAAGGAAAUGGGUGGUGUUUGAGAGGAA